UUGUUUUGUCUUUUUAAUUGACCUGACUCUUCUAAGUCAUCGCCCCUUUCUCGAAUUCUUGUCGCUGAGUAUAAUAUAUGUUGCUGAGGAUAAUAUGCACAAAGCCUUCAAAAAAUACAGAAAGCUCUCUGUAGACCUGCAGUCUGAGCUACACUCCUUCAAUGUUUCUGCAACCCAAGCCUCCGUAUGCUCGACAAAAACAUUUGGAGGUUGCACAGAACACAUCAUUUGGUCAGAUCCCAAGGGGAACUCUAUUUACAGGAGGCUGGAAACUAGUCUGUAGAAGAACGAAGCAGUUAAUCUAUUCUUCUCUGAUACCAGCGCUUGGAAACAAGAAUAACAUAAGAGUUUCCUUGCGAAGGAACACCUCAAGAGUCUAAAGUCUAAAGGGUGUUGUCCCAGGGUACGAGCAAGGAAGGGACACAGACAAAGUUUGUUUGAAGAAAAAGAAUGGCAUACGGAAAUUGUCGUUGGAUUGGUAUUCAAGAUGGGAGGAUCAGCCAAAUGACAUGGAAGAAGAGUUAUCAUUAAAUAUGGAGAAGGAAUUGCAUUUGCUCGACAAUCUUGAACCACCAUCAAAAAUCGAGAAGCUGAGAAUUCGUGGCUACCGGGGUUCACAAUUGCCAUGUUGGAUGGCAAAGCAAAGUGACUCUUGUGGUCCAGCCGAUGAUACACAUAUAGUAAUGCAAAGAAAUCCAUCUGAAUUCUCCCAUCUGACUAAACUAGUAUUGGACAACUUACCAAACUUGGAGCAUCUUGGGGAGCUUGUGGAACUGCCACUGAUAAAGAUCCUUAAGCUCAAAAGACUGCCAAAGUUGGGAGAGCUGCUUACGACCACAACUGGGGAGGAAGGAGUGGAAGCGCAAUGUUGUUUCCAUCACGUUUCCACUCUAGUAAUAAUUGAUUGCCCGAAACUUGUUGUGAAGCCGUACUUUCCUCCGUCCUUGCAGAGAUUGACACUAGAAGGAAACAAUAUGCAGUUGGUUUCUUCAGGAUGCUUCUUCCAUCCACGUCAUCAUCAUGCAUCUCAUGCUCAUGGUGACGAGUCUUCAUCUUCCUCCUAUUUUGCGGAUGAGACGGGUACUCACCUCGAGAGACUUGAACUUCGUCGGUUGACAGGAUCAUCAUCUGGUUGGGAGGUGCUGCAGCAUCUCACUGGGCUUCAUACCCUAGAAAUAUUCAAGUGCACAGGCCUUACGCAUUUACCUGAGAGCAUCCACUGCCCCACCAAUCUCUGUAGACUGGUGAUAACACAGUGUGAUAAUCUUCGUGUGCUGCCUGACUGGCUUGUGGAACUGAAAUCUCUACAGAGUCUGGAAGUACGGUUAUGUGAUGCUCUCCAGCAGCUUCCUGAACAAAUAGGAGAACUCUGCUCACUCCAGCACCUCACCAUAUCUUCUUUGACUUCCCUGACUUGCCUUCCCGAGAGCAUGCAGCACCUCACCUCGCUUCGAACUCUCAACUUGUGUCUUUGUAACGCGUUGACCCAUCUGCCGGAGUGGCUAGGCGAACUCUCUGUACUUCAAAAACUCUGGCUCCAGGGCUGCCGUGGCCUUACAUCCUUGCCCCAAUCCAUACAACGCCUUACUGCUCUAGAGGACUUACUUAUAAGCUACAACCCUGACCUAGAUAGGCGUUGCACGGAAGGAUUGGGGGAGGAUUGGCACCUUGUCUCACAUAUUCAAAAUUUAAGGCUACGGGACUAGGGGCUUCAGAUUAGUGCAUAAUAUUCUAAGGAAGACAAGGAUGGCCAGGUGAGACAUUUUUGUUUCUCUCUGGCAUGUGAGCACACAUAUUUAUUUUCUUAUGUUUGUGAAAGUUGCACAGCUUAGAUAUUGGCACUUGAUUAUAUGCUGCCUCGUUUGUUCCUCAAAAAAUCGUAUUGUGUGCUCGUGUUACAUUGCCACUUUUUGCUAUAUUGUUGGUUCACAGGAUCCACACUCUUGCUUUCAUUCUCAUCCCUACUUGUUCUCAGGAUCCACACUCUUCCCUCUAAGUAGCGUCGAAAGUCGAAACUAACUGUUCCUUUUUUAUCAGAAUCUGCAGCGUUUACAUAUAUGUGCAUCAACUUUGGAAAACAAGUGUUUGCAGAGGUAUAAAUAAGUUAACGACUCAUGUGCCCACUCUCAAUCUUGUACUUGAUGGAAACAUGUCAGGCUUUCCCCUUGGAAAAUCUUUGGCAGGUACCGUGGCAGUUCAGUGUCCUCCCAGGAUAACACUUGCGACCAUACUGAACGGGUCAAUGGGCAGAGUGAAUAGAGAUGCAGGCUACCAUUGCAGGGGUACAGGAGGAUUGAUGUGGCGAACCCCGCAGGGAAGUUAGGAGUUUACUCUGCAGAUGGUGUCUGUGCUCUGAACCAGUUUCAGUUUCUCUGUAACCUCAGAUAUCGAUUUCUGCUUGCUCCACACGAAGACAGAGUUUGCAGAAGCAGCCAGACAUGAACACACAAGAUGGCAGAAGAAGUCCUGGUGCAUUCUGCUAUUGGCAUUUGGCAGUGGCACCCUAUCUGUUGGGCGGUUUCGCCAGCUUCUUUCUGCUGCCGCGCUUGCGUUGCAUUUGCAUUCAGCUCGCUGCUCUUCUUGCCUUGUUGUGUGUGAUCUGGGCCAAUCUGACGGCAUUUUGGGCACAGUUGGUGGUCGCGUAUCCCGUCGGCCCGUGUUCUCAGUUGCUGAGCCAAGCAUAUUCAGAAUGGGUCGCAUCGCAACCUAACAUGUGCUCCAUGUUCACAAAAAGCUGGGCCCGGAUGUUCUCUCAAUAUAAAGAAAAAAAUAUAUUUUAUGUCUA